AUGGCACAUGAAUCAGGUGCUUACCUUCAGAACAAACACAUCAGCUUCGCCAACGAUGCCACUCACGUAGAAACAGAGCCCCUCAUGGCAACAGGCACUGAUCAACAGAUGCAAAACGGGUCCACACAUGCACAAACUAUUAGAAGGAGUGUCUCUUUAGGCUCGAUGCAGGGAAACCUGGAAUCGGAUGGGCCGUUCAAACACUACGGCAUGUUUCUGUUGGCUAUUUCUGGUGUCUUUGGAGCCAUAACGGCGCUCCUGGUGCAUAUGGCAAGCAAGGAGGGUUUCGGUGCUGUGGAGAUCGGAUGGGCAAGAAG